UCGUGCCAUGCGCACUGACGGUUGUUGUUGUUGAGCUGGUUGUUAUGGCUGGACAAGGCCUCGGACUAAACUGAGAGUGGUCCCCCCCUCCCCGCACCACCCCGUCUCCGCUACGGGACACCCGCCACCCAUGGAGGGCACCGACAUGGACGUGGACCCGGAGCUCAUGCAGAAGUUUAGCUGCAUGGGAACCACGGACAAGGACGUCCUUAUUUCUGAGUUUCAGAGGCUGCUGGGAUUCCAGCUCAACCCGGCCGGCUGCGCCUUCUUCCUGGACAUGACCAACUGGAACCUGCAGGCUGCUAUUGGUGCAUAUUAUGACUUUGAAAGUCCCAACGUCAACACGCCUUCCAUGUCCUUCGUUGAGGACGUGACGAUUGGGGAAGGAGAGUCUGUUCCUCCAGAUACACCGUUCACAAAGACCUGGAGAAUACAGAACACAGGUGCAGAGUCGUGGCCACCCGGGGUUUGUCUCAAAUACAUUGGCGGGGAUCAGUUUGGGCACGUAAACACAGUAAUGGUGAAGUCACUAGACCCCCAGGAAAUAUCAGAUGUGAGCGUGCAGAUGCGAAGUCCCACAGCUCCAGGCAUGUACCAGGGCCAGUGGAGGAUGUGUACAGCCAGCGGAUUAUUCUACGGAGAUGUGAUCUGGGUGAUUCUCAGCGUAGAGGUCGGCGGUCUCCUCGGCGUGACCCAGCAGCUGUCAUCUUUCGAGACGGAAUUCAACACCCAACCCCAACGCAACGUGCAGGGGGACUUCAACCCCUUCGCCUCGCCACAGAAGAACAAGCACGACGCCACCGACGACAGCUUCAGAGAUCCUGGCGGAGCGUGGGAACGCACACAGGAGCCAAUCCAGCAAGAUCAAAAUGGACUGUCUCAUAAUGCUGUAAAUAGGGCGUCUAAUGGUCUCCAAACCAAUCUUUCCGUGGUGACUUAUGGUCAGGGUAUUCACGGACCCUAUCCAUUUGGACAGAGCUAGAAUGACAAAGACUCCCCUCCCCCCCUCCAUCAUCGUGGAUGAUGAGCUCAACACCCUGGGAGUCCUUAAAUGCAGAGGAGUCAGAAGGGGGGGGGAGGAACUGUUGUUUUAUAUUGACUCAUGACAACCUUCUCCCCAACCCCCCGAGGCCCUUUCCACAGAGACACAAACUACAGUGAGGUGAUGGAUUACAUCCGCUACAGCGUAACAUCCCACCUGACAUCAACACCCGGAUUCGCAUGUGUGAAUGCUUCAUUUAAGAGUGCUAUAAAUCCGUGAGAAUAGAAACACGACCAUUUUUAUUUCCACUGUAAAACACGCCUCAACAAUCUACAUACAAUUUGGGACAAUUGGAUACUUUGUCUCUUUCGGGGUUCCUACACGGGGGCUGGAAAUGUUUGGAAAACUGCUGAGAAUAGCACAAAAUUAAAUGUAAUAAUUAAUCCACGAAAAGACCAUUACUGAACCACAGACUAAUGCCGCGUUCACUUCAUAUGGGACGGAUGGUGGAGAGAGAUUCCCAUGUUUACAUCUUGUGAGCGUUCACAUGUUCGGACAACUUUAAAACGGUUGUAUGUUUACAGAUUUUGCCGUGUGAGGGUUAAAUAUAUCCAGUAAAAUUUGGGUUUAAUCACCUUAAAACAUCUGACUUUGACCAACGGCGUAUUUAAGUGUAGAGAAGUUUCCAGGUGCAAUAACAAGGUUGAUGUUGAUGUGAAUGCUAUUUGCAAAUUGGGAACUGUGAAUCUAUAAAAGAAUACGGAGUCAGGUUUAGCAUUACACGCACCUACCUGGUGUUAUUUUCUUUAUUCAAUCCGUUCAACAGCUCAAGCUUAAAAAUACUUUGAGAACAUGUGACGUACUGUCAUGUUUCAAGUAUUUUUGUGAUGGAGAAUAGUUUUAUUUAUGGCAGAGAGUAUUAAAAGUUACCACCUAUGUCUGGUUAUGUAUUACAUUUAUCAUUUAAAAGUUAUAAGCAGUGUUCACCUAUUACGGUUAAACUGAGCAGUUUUUGACCCUCCUUGAACCCAAUGCUUAGCCGGAUCAGAUAACACAUCUGGACCCCAAGAAAAAUAUAUUUACUUUUUACUCUCAUAAAGAAAAACAACCAGAAUAAACAAAACAAUUUUUAUUCGACACAUUAGACCUUUUUUGACAUAAACUCACCGUCUGUAACUUUAAAUAAUCUAUGACACAUUUAAAAUGAUGUCACAUUAUAAUAUUAAUAACACAUAUUGAAUACCACAUUCAAAGAUACUCAAAUAUGGUGAGGGCAAAUAUUCU